UCUCUUUGACUCUCGUUCAGACGCGAAAGAGGAAAAUGUCCGAGGAAGCUCCCGCACCUGCUCCCGUCCCGGCCAAGGCGGCCAAGAAGAAGAAGACGACGGCUUCCAAGCCCAAGAAGGUCGGCCCCAGCGUGGGCGAGCUGAUUGUGAAAGCCGUGGCCGCUUCCAAGGAGCGCAGCGGCGUGUCCGCAGCCGCUCUCAAGAAGGCUCUGGCUGCCGGAGGCUACGAUGUGGACAAGAACAAGGCCCGCGUCAAGACCGCCAUCAAGAGCCUGGUGGCGAAGGGCACUCUGGUGCAGACCAAGGGCACCGGGGCCUCCGGAUCCUUCAAGAUGAACAAGAAGGCUACUGACAGCAAAGCCAAGAAGCCCGCCAAGAAAGCCGCUCCUAAAGCCAAGAAGCCCGCCGCUGCCAAAGCCAAGAAACCGGCAGCAGCUGCUAAGAAGUCGCCCAAGAAGGCAGCAGCAGCCAAGAAGCCCGCAGCCGCUAAGAAGUCGCCCAAGAAAGCCAAGAAGCCCGCAGCGGCGGCCAAGAAAGCGCCCAAAAGCCCCAAGAAGGCGGCCAAGAGCCCCAAGAAGGUGCUGAAGAAGGCUCCCGCAGCAAAGAAGUCCCCCGCCAAGAAGGCCGCCAAGCCCAAAGUCAAGAAGGCAGCCACAGCAGCCAAGAAGAAGUGAGCUGCCACCACUCUCACACUCAACAACGGCUCUUCUCAGAGCCACCA